AUGCAUUUUAGAAUCGCCCGCUCGAAUCGACCGGAAUUCGUUGACGAAACGCAGCAUCCCAUUGUCAUUUGUGCUCACCACACAAUGUCCCAAUCGACUUUGGAAUCCACACUGGAACAACUCUCACUGGCUGUCCAUUCCGACGAACCUGUGCUCAAAUCCCACAUACCCGGUGAAAAAACAUUCGAUCACAAUUUGGAAGCACAUAUGACGGGAGACUCGGAUAGCCAAUCAACCAGAUAUUCUCCGGAUACGACGGAGACAAUACCACUUCCUGAGCACUCUCGACCGUCGGACGAUCCGACACCUGAUAGAUGGGCUCGUCAAUUGUUCGAAAAGGCUGCGGCUGCAGCUGCGUCCUGUUUGGCCGACACGAACAUGGCAAAUCCGGAUCGCAUUUUGGACGAUCACAUGGCUCGCGUAUGGCGUAGACGCGCUCGAGAUAUGAUGAUGGAAGACCGGAUAGAAGAUAGUGAUGAUCCGAGGCAGUUGGCCACAAGCGGCAGGCCGUAUCGAUCCAGACACAGGCGCGGUACGCAUCGGGAAACACGUGAGUACCAGUGA